GAUUUGACGAGCUCUCGCGAGGCUUCGGCCUCUUCCUAAACCGGUGCUCAGCAAGGAGAAGGCCAUGUUCAGCUCGAGCGCCAAGAUCGUGAAGCCCAAUGGCGAGAAGCCAGAUGAGUUCGAGUCUGGCAUCUCCCAGGCUCUCCUGGAGCUGGAGAUGAAUUCGGACCUUAAGGCGCAGCUCAGGGAGCUCAACAUAACAGCGGCCAAGGAAAUUGAAGUUGGUGGUGGUCGGAAAGCUAUCAUAAUCUUUGUUCCCGUUCCUCAACUGAAGUCUUUCCAAAAAAUCCAAGUCCGGCUAGUACGUGAAUUGGAGAAAAAGUUCAGCGGGAAGCAUGUUGUCUUUAUUGCUCAGAGGAGAAUUCUGCCUAAGCCAACUCGAAAAAGCCGCACAAAAAAUAAGCAAAAGCGUCCCAGGAGCCGUACUCUGACAGCUGUGCAUGACGCCAUCCUUGAGGACUUGGUCUUCCCAAGUGAAAUUGUGGGCAAAAGAAUCCGCGUGAAGCUGGAUGGCAGCCGGCUCAUCAAGGUGCACUUGGACAGAGCACAGCAGAACAACGUGGAGCACAAGGUAGAAACUUUUUCUGGUGUCUACAAGAAGCUCACGGGCAAGGAUGUUAAUUUUGAAUUCCCAGAGUUUCAGUUGUAAGCAAAUAUAACUAAAUAAAGUAUAUUCACAGUAAAAAAAAAAAAAAAA